UCAUCUUCCUGUCCAGCUUGUCGUAUCAUUUAUAAAGAGGAUACGCCAUCCGAGUUACAUGGUUUUAAUACUCAGGCCAUACAAAAUCUAAAGACAGAGAGCAACGCUAUUACUAGUUCAUUAUGGGAGUUAAAGAUUUUGCAAAAUAAUUAUCUUUCAAAUAUUACUGCUUUAGCAAAGAUUUUCCAAGAUAAAUUUAAUAAACCAUCUUACAACCCUGAAGAUUUUUUAGAUCCUGAGAUUAGUGAAAAGCCGAAAAAAGUACCUGCUCUUGCUUUCGAAAAACCAAAAUUCGUCUUCCU